UCUCGGCUCUGCCUGGAGUUCUCAGUGCGGCGACAGCGGUGCUGAAUAUGGCGUCAGACGGGAUGAUUUUAACAAACCACGACCACCAAAUCCGGGUCGGCGUCCUGACAGUGAGUGACAGCUGCUUCCGCAAUCUAGCCGAAGACAGAAGCGGCGUCAACCUCAAAGAUCUUGUCCACGACCCUUCACUGCUUGGAGGAACCAUCUCGGCAUACAAAAUCGUUCCUGAUGAAAUCGAUGAGAUCAAGGAGACUCUGGUGGACUGGUGUGAUGAAAAAGAGUUGAACCUGAUUUUAACCACCGGCGGCACCGGCUUCGCUCCACGAGAUGUCACACCUGAGGAGGUGAUCGAGCGAGAAGCUCCAGGGAUGUCUCUGGCGAUGCUGAUGGGCUCUCUGAACGUCACUCCUCUCGGGAUGCUGUCCAGACCUGUGUGUGGAAUCAGGGGGAAAACUCUCAUCAUAAAUUUGCCUGGCAGUAAAAAAGGAUCGCAGGAAUGCUUCCAGUUCAUCCUGCCGGCUCUCCCGCAUGCGAUCGACCUGCUGCGGGAAGCAGUAGUGAAAGUGAAGGAGAUUCCAAAUGAGCUGGAGGACCUGCCGUCCCCUCCGCCACCGCUGUCCCCACUGCCCGCCAGCAGCCCGCACCGGCAGACGGAGGACAAGGGCGUCCAGUGUGAGGAAGAGGAGGAGGAGAAGAAGGACAGUGGUGUGGCGUCCACAGAGGACAGCUCCUCCUCGCACAUCACCGCUGCAUCCAUCGCUGCCAAGAUUCCGGACUCCAUCAUCUCGCGGGGCGUUCAGGUUCUUCCGCGGGACACGGCGUCUCUGAGCACCACGCCGUCUGAGUCUCCUCGCGCUCAGGCCACCUCUCGCCUCUCCACCGCUUCCUGUCCCACCCCCAAGGUGCAGUCCCGAUGCAGCAGCAAAGAAAACAUCUUACGAGCAAGUCAUAGUGCGGUGGACAUCACCAAAGUGGCUCGGAGGCACCGCAUGUCUCCAUUUCCUCUCACCUCUAUGGACAAAGCCUUCAUCACUGUGCUGGAAAUGACUGCGGUUCUGGGCACUGAGAUCAUCAACUACAGAGACGGCAUGGGUCGAGUACUGGCUCAGGACGUUUAUGCCAAAGACAACCUGCCUCCAUUCCCUGCCUCUGUGAAAGACGGAUACGCUGUCAGAGCGGCUGACGGUCCCGGGGACAGAUUUAUUAUCGGCGAGUCUCAGGCCGGAGAGCAGCCCACACACACCGUGAUGCCCGGCCAGGUGAUGCGAGUGACGACUGGUGCUCCGAUUCCCUGCGGCGCUGAUGCUGUGGUGCAAGUAGAGGACACUGAGCUCCUGCGCGAGUCUGAGGACGGCACAGAAGAGCUGGAGGUGCGCAUUCUGGUGCAGGCCCGUCCAGGACAAGACAUCAGGCCCAUCGGUCAUGACAUUAAGCGUGGUGAGUGUGUGCUGGCCAAAGGCACUCAUAUGGGCCCGUCAGAGAUCGGUCUACUGGCCACCGUCGGGGUCACUGAGGUGGAGGUGCAGAAGUUCCCCGUCAUCGCUGUCAUGUCCACAGGCAACGAGCUGCUAAACCCAGAGGAUGAUUUACAUCCCGGUAAGAUCAGAGACUCAAACCGAUCCACGCUGCUGGCCACCAUACAGGAGCACGGCUACCCCACCAUCAACCUGGGCAUCGUAGGAGACAAUCCUGAUGACCUGCUGAAUGCUCUGAAUGAGGGCAUCAAUCGCGCUGAUGUCAUCAUCACCUCAGGGGGCGUGUCCAUGGGCGAGAAGGAUUACCUGAAACAGGUACUUGAUAUCGACCUUCAUGCUCAAAUACACUUUGGACGCGUCUUCAUGAAACCAGGUCUCCCCACAACAUUUGCCACUCUCGAUAUGGACGGGUCUCGAAAACUUAUCUUUGCUCUGCCAGGUAAUCCUGUGUCUGCGGUAGUAACGUGUAACCUCUUCGUCAUUCCCGCCUUGAGGAAGAUGCAGGGGAUAUUAGACCCUCGACCCACCAUUAUAAAAGCCAGGUUGUCCUGUGAUGUGAAGCUGGAUCCACGUCCGGAGUAUCACCGCUGUAUUUUAACAUGGCACCAUCAGGAACCUCUGCCAUGGGCACAGAGCACAGGUAACCAGGUCAGCAGCAGACUGAUGAGCAUGCGCAGCGCUAACGGCCUCCUGAUGCUACCUCCCAAAACUGAGCAAUACGUGGAGCUGCACAAGGGCGAGGUGGUGGACGUCAUGGUCAUCGGCCGUCUAUGAUGAGCAGAAACAGACAUAGAGAGACAGAGAUGGACGGGUGGUUCACGGUGCAUGUUCACAUAUCAUUGACUGUAAUAUGCAACGGCACAGCUAGUUUUUCUUGAUUUGGAAAACGCCGAAGUAUAGUCAACAUCUCGAUCACAUAUGAGAGAAAAAAAAAACAAAACUAUUAUUUCAAAGAAAGAAAAAUAUAACUUUUAAAAUUAUAAAAUCUAAUUAUAAAAAAGAGAUUUAUUCUGUAUUAUUAUGAUUAUUAUUAUUGCAUUUUUCUUCUCAUUAUUAUUAUUAUUAUUAAUUAUUAUUAUUAUUAUAUUAAGGCAACUUUGUUCUUUUCAUUGCGGUUGCUUUGUGUGUUCAAUGCUAGAUCUUAUAGCUGUAGCAUUUUAAUAGAAAAACUGUAGGUGCCUGCCAGGAGGAAGAAGAAGAAAAAAUAAAGAAGAGAGUAUUAUUUCCCCAUUUUAACAUACAAGACUGCUUUUGGGGGAGUUUCUUCCUCUCCGACAUCGGGGGAGAACACAACAACUUGAAAUCUGGACUCCGGAGGGUGGCACUUUUUGUCUUACGUGUCAUUUGACGUGGCACUUUUUUCCUUUUUCCUCCCAUUAGUGCGCAUCAUUUUUCUGCCAUCACACAGAGCUUUGCUUGUCGUUUAUCCUGUGAGUCUUGUUUGUGUGCGCAGUGCCAAACGCCUGGGUGGGCGGAGCUCGAGUCGGGGGAACGCCGGCCCCCUCACCCAAUCCCUGAAGCUUCCUUAUAAUCACAUGACCUGGUGUAGCCCCGCCCCUCUCUCCCCAGGGGGCGGAGUCGCGGGCGAGCAUUUUAUUUGAAUAUACUUUAAAUAAACCGAUGAUGAUAAAAAAAACACAACAACAGCUUAUUUAAGUGCUGACUGCCUUUUUAAUCAACCACACAAAAAUGUACAGUUAAAAUCAAAUAUAUUACAUAAAUUGAAUUGUACAGAUAAAUGUGACCAGCACUCCUGCGGAAAUAUGACCAAGCAAUGAAGGAGACAUUGAACAAAUCUGUAUAAUAACAUUUUCUGUAUAAUGAUAAGAACCUAAUGAGAGAGACUACAAUAAUAAAAGAAAAUCCUUGAUCAUUAUAUAAAAAUAGCAUUGUGGAAUUUUCUUGUAAUAAAAAACGAAUAAAAACAUAAUUCCUUAA